AUGACCCAAGAUGACCCUCAGAUGACUGUGGACCUACCUGAGAAGAGGACUGUCCUAAGCCAUGAUGAUGAUGAAAGACGAGUAAGACGGAGAGAGAAGAACAGAGUCGCUGCUCAGAGAAGCCGAAAGAAACAAACUCAGAAAGCAGAUAAACUCCAUGAGGAAUAUGAAUGCCUUGAACAAGAGAAUACAUCUCUAAAAAGGGAGAUUGGAAAGCUGACAGAUGAAGUGAAACAUCUGAGUGAAGUGCUGAGGAACCAUGAGAAAAUCUGUCCCUUGAUACACUGUGCCUUAAACUUUGGGUUGAUUCCCAGACAUGAAGCCCUUCUUGGUCCCUUGCCAAGAUAA